AUGGUGGCCGUUACAACAGACUACAUCAGUGUAGGCGGAAAUCGCCAUCCCGGGGCAGCGGAUUGGGAUGUGCAGACCGGUGUGCUCGCCUUCGGUGCAGACAACAAUGUCGCCCUCUGGGACCCUCUGGUAAGUUCUAAGGACAGGAGGACAGGAGGACAGGAUGGGAAUAUCACAGCUCAUGAUCAUCAGGACAAAUCGGAUCGCGGAAUUUACUCUUUGCUGGUCGGCCACACCGACAAAGUGAGCGUCGUUCGGUUCUACACAUGCCCCUCAUCAGGGUCCAAAUUCAUCAUCACCGGCUCUGUCGACCGCACACUACGCCUUUGGAAAUGCAAGAGCUCCGAAAAACAUAACUAUGACCUUGUCGCAACUCUCGAGGGUCAUACAGGCUCUGUGAAUGCAAUUGCGGUCACCAAUGGAACCGACAUCAUCGCAUCUGGCGCAGCUGAUGGCACCGUCCGAAUCUGGAGAAUCAGCACCCAAGAGGGAAUCCAGGGCGAGCUACUCGACACCAUUAAUAUGACACCGCGGUUCUUCCCACUUACUCUAUCCUUGCAGGGCCUUGGAGGCGAGGCGGAUAAGUCUUUGGUGUUGGCUGUUGCAGGCACGAUGACCAAGGUGCACAUCUACGUAUCGGAAACCUCCAGCAAGCCGGAUUUCAAGCGCCGGGCUGUACUUGCAGGACACGAAGCCUGGAUUAAGUCUCUGUCGUUUACUCUGGAUAAGCAGAGCAAAGAAGGCGAUGUCCUUUUGGCGUCUGCCAGUCAAGAUAAAUAUAUCCGUCUUUGGCGCUUGCAUCGGGGCGAAGCUAACGCCCCUGCCCCCAUUGAUGACACAGAUCCUUUGCUGGGAGGAAUGGAGCCCACGCUUUCCAACAAGGCUCAUGAAUUCGAGGCCAAGGGAUCCAAGUUUUCAAUUACCUUUGAAGCCCUUCUCUUUGGACACGAAGACUGGAUUUAUACUACUGCUUGGAACCCCAACUCUGAGCGACAGCAGCUCCUUUCAGCCUCUGCAGACAAUACCAUUACGAUCUGGGAACAAGAUCAAGCCUCAGGCGUUUGGAUGUCCACAGAGAGAAUGGGAGAAAUCAGUGUUCAAAAGGGUUCCACCACCGCGACUGGUAGUGCCGGUGGCUUCUGGAUCGGUCUUUGGUCAUCCAAUGGAAAGCAGGUUGUCAGUCUUGGUCGAACAGGAAGUUGGCGAGUCUGGCAACAAGAGUCCGACUCCGAUCUUUGGGUGCAGAAAUUCGGCAUCACCGGCCACGUUCGUUCAUCUAACGGUGUUCAAUGGGACCCCACUGGAGGCUACCUUCUUUCAACUAGUGCCGACCAGACCACACGACUCCAUGCCAAGUGGGUGCGGGAUGAAACAAGCUCAUGGCACGAGUUCUCUCGCCCUCAGAUUCAUGGGUAUGAUUUAAAUUGUGUUGAUACUCUGGGACCCGCACAGUUCGUGACUGGCGCAGAGGAGAAGCUUUUGCGCGUGUUCAACGAGCCCCAACCGAUUGCCGAAUUGCUCGAGAGACUCACUGGAUUCAAACAAUCGGGCCAGGAUCUUCCUGAAACCGCUGAGAUCCCGGUACUUGGUCUCUCAAACAAAGCCCUUGGAGAUGAGGCACCGGUCGAGGAGGACGGAGAGAAAGCACCUGCCGAAAAACCCGCCGCCUCAUCCUCUUUAGCUGCUAACCACCCACCGCUCGAGGACCAAUUGUCCCGCCAUACAUUGUGGCCGGAGCAUGAGAAGCUUUACGGCCAUGGAUAUGAGAUUUCUGCAGUGGCAGUGAGCCACGACCGCAAGCUCAUUGCCACCGCUUGCAAGGCCAGUUCUAUCGAUCAUGCCGUCAUCCGUUUGUACGAUACUUCGGAUUGGCAUGAGAUCAAACCCUCUCUCACCGCGCAUUCGUUGACCAUCACCGACCUCUCAUUCUCGGCCGAUGACCGCUACCUUCUCAGUGUUGGCCGUGAUCGCCAAUGGGCAAUCUUCCAGCGCAGCGACUCAGACCCAACUCUGUUUGAGAAGCUCACCUCAAACCCCAAAGGCCACUCCCGAAUGAUCCUGGGUGCCGCCUGGGCUCCAGCUACUACUGAUCACGUCUUUGCCACUGCAGGACGAGACAAGUCUGUCAAGAUCUGGCAGAAAUCCGAAGAGACAUUUGAGUGCAAGGCUACUGUGCCUCUGACCUCGGCAGUCUCAGCAAUCGCCUUCCUCCCCAUCACAUACAAGGGCUCAUUCAUCAUCGCAGUGGGCGAGGAUAGUGGGGUGGUCUCUAUUCAGCGAAUUGCCGCUGAAACAUUUGAAGUGGCGCAUGUCGUUACACUCGACAAGACAAUUUCGCCCUCCAAGACCAUCACACAACUGUCGUGGCGUCCAGUGUUAGCCGAGGCUGAGAGCAAGGAGCAGUUUGAGCUGGCGGUGGCAAGCGAAGACACUUCCACACGCAUAUAUGCUAUUUCUAGCAUGUUCUCAUGA